UAAUGUGAUUUAACGUAUUGUCAUUCAUAUUGUUGAGAGAAAUACAUUAAAAUCUUCGGAUAUUUCUGCUAUUCUUGCCUUAAUUAGAAACAUAAUAGGGUUUUUAAUUGCGCAGAACUUGUUUACUGAAAUAAAAUACAAGACUUUUUUUGUUGAUAUCAAAUGAUCACCAUUGAACAUUAUGACAUCUGUUUGUUUUGAUCAUAAGUUAUUAUAAUAAUUAUUUUUUAUCAGUUAAUUAACUGCACAGUAAAAAUGGAAGGUGGUGAAUGGAGGAGCAACAUUGUAAGCCAACUACAGGCUAGGAAUAAAUAUGAAACAGCUGCGUUUCAGGACAUUAUUGCCUUUCAGAGCAGACUGUUUGACAAUGUCAAUACAUUAAAAAAUGAAAAUCUACAGCUUACUUUGCUCAAUGAAAGAAUAAGAUUUUCUGGAACUGACAGCGUUUUAUCUGGUACCGGAACGGCAAGCAAUGAACGGAUACAGGCUUUGGAGCAGAAAAUCUUAGUACAACAGGAAGAGUUAACGUCUAUGCACAGGAGAAGGGGAGAACAUGCACAGCAGAUUAUGAGCCUCAAUGAAAAAGUACAUGACUUAGAGAAGCAGCUACAAGCUAAAGAUAUUGUAAUUUCAGAAAAUACUGCGGUAAUAGCAUCUCUUCGUGCCGAAAUACAAAUGUAUGAAACAAAUAUGGCGGAAUUACAAGGAUUAAAUCAAGUUCUAAGGGAUGAACAUCAAGCCUUACAAAUAGCGUUCGCAGCCAUAGAAGAAAAACUGAGGAAAGCUCAGGAUGAAAAUCGAUCGUUAGUGGAGAGACUCAUAAAAUAUAAAGCUAAGGAUGCAGAUAAAAUGAAUGAAGAAAAUGAACAUUUCCUCAAGUCAAGCAACCCUACCGCGUUUCUCAUCAACACGUUUGGUAGAGUUAGUUUCGGAAAGAAAACUGAUAAGGUGCGGAAGGAAUUAGAAGAGGCGGCGAGAGAGAGCGGCAGUCGGAGUAGUGGGUCCGGCAGUUCUGAAGAUAAAAUAUUGGACUCCAUGCCGUAUUACGCAACAGUUUUACCCAAUAAAGUGGCACUCAGAUUUGACGCUCACGACGGCGAAGUGAAUGCCGUGAAAUGGAGUCCGACAGACAGGAUCGUUGCGACAGGAGGUGCUGAUAGAAAAGUCAAAUUAUGGGAUGUUACUAAAAGUAUGGUGGAGAACAGGGGUACACUGGUCGGGUCGAACGCGGGAGUCAUGUCAGUAGACUUCGAUUCUACUGGUGCGUACAUCGUAGGAGCCAGCAAUGACUUCGCAAGUAGGGUGUGGACAGUCGCCGACCAGCGAUUAAGGCACACGCUGACGGGUCACAGCGGCAAGGUAAUGGCGGCGAAGUUCCUCGGGGAGCCAACCAAAGUGAUCACCGGGAGCCACGACCGCACGCUCAAAAUAUGGGACCUUAGAAGUAAAAUGUGUACAGAGACGAAGUUCGCGGGGUCAUCGUGUAACGACCUGGUGACGUCAGACGGGGCUGGUUCCACCAUCAUCUCGGGACACUUCGACAAGAGGAUCAGAUUUUGGGACAUUCGCACGGAGAUGUCUGCCAACGAUAUCAUGCUGCAGGGGAAGGUCACGUCGCUUGAUCUCAGUAGAGACAACAAUUACCUGCUGGCGUGCGUCCGCGACGACACAAUACAGCUAAUAGAUCUGAGGAUGAACACGAUCGUUCGCUCUUUCAGUCAUGAGGCGUUCAAGGUGGGGUGCGAUUGGUCGCGAGCGGCGUUCGGGCCGGGCGGGCGACUCCUAUCUGUCGGAGCGGCGGAUGGAGCGGCCUAUGUGUGGAACACGCAUUCAGGAAGGCUUGAAACUAUACUCAAGGAUCACACGUCGGCAGUGACGGCGGUGUCAUGGCACCCGCAGUCAGGGCUACUCGCGUCAGUGGACCGCGGCAAGCGAGCUAUCAUCUGGGGAGAUUUGUGACAAGCCUGGCAGGCGCCCCAGCCGUCGCCACCUGCCGUACAGGUUAUCAAAGAUGACGAUAAAGAUGGGCCCGAAAACGACUCCGGAGAAAUGUUCGACUUCUUGUUAGGUUUCACCACAGAUAUAUUUCAACGUUUCACGUAACAAGAACAGCCAAUGGACAUGCACUUCCAAAUUGAAUGUGUCUUUAACGCUUCAUUUUUCAAAUCGGACGGACACAGAUCAAUUCCCGUACAAACAAAUGGAAAAAUGGAUCGAUGACGUUUAAUGUCAAAAUAAUUUCAUGGUAUAUUUUGUGUUUAAAAUUUUAUUAAUAUAGAAAAUGAAGAGGUGCUACAAACAUGAAUUAAAUCUUUUCAAAACAGAAUUAUAAUGACCUCACGUUAAAACUUCAAACUUGAAUUCAAAUUACCGCGAUGGUGUAUCAAAAUUCAUCCCGUGUGUUUUUCCACGCAUGCGUGAUUUGUGUUUCGACGUCUAGGAGUUGAAGUGAACUGAAGUGUAUUGCAGUCUGAUGGGGAACCUUCACCAAUUUAGAAUGUAAGCUGUCUUCCGUCAAUUGUACCUUUAGUUUGAUUUUCCAUUCCUUUAUAAAAUCGUGUGUAUUGUUCUGUGCAAUUUGAGCCUCGAAUCGUGCACCAAACAAAUUAAAACGAUAUUGCAAGCUCUGAAUGUGCGUUUGUGAUGUGAAGCUUUUACAGUGAUCCAAUUUUUCUACGUUAAUGUUGUAGUUAAUGGAAUUUGUAAUAGCAUUAAAUAAGUUAGCAUUAGUGUUGUUACUUCUUGAAAAGUAAUUUUAAGAAUUUCAAAAAGAACAAUUGCCUGUAACUCGCUAGUUGAUCUAAAAAGUAGCUUGUAAUAUAAUAGUACCGACUUCGAAGUUUUAUACUCCUACGUUUAGGAUAAAUUAAUGGGGAUCAUUUAUUAUUGUCAACAUGACAUCAUAUUUGUUUUAGUUAACUGAGUUAGAUCGCGGCAGACCACCUGUGCUUCCCGAAGUCUCAUUAGCAAACAAUGAUCGGGCGUCGGCGACUACCGAAGCCUCUCGCGAUCAAUAAACUGUUGAGCCGAUAAGAGCGCCUCGGCUGCCCGAUCUAGGGCUGCCAUUACAAUUUAUCUAAUUCUAAGUGGUAUCAUUCUAUUUCCCUUUAUCACACUAUUCCACUAAACAAAUUAUAACAAAGCUAUUCCCUCGACUAGCCACAAAUGUAAUUUAAUUGUUCAAGUUUACAUUGAUGAGCAUGUGGUAUCUAGUUCGUAUGCUCGUGACAUAUAAAGGCGUGGCAGCCCUGUAUCGGAAGCGCGCACGCCGCAGGCGACACAUCCAUAUUCCUGUGACGUGUGUUUUGACAACCUGGCUUGGCAACUUUUUCAUAGUCAUUUUUUACCAUAUUUUUUGCCGCACAGUUCAACGACCCCGUACAACUUGUAAGUGUUAUUUCCACAUGUAAUUAUAUCUCAUAACUGACCGCUUAAUUACUUGAAACUGCUGCGACGUCCGGACCUGCAAUCCGAUCAGAAAAAACCUAAUCCGGCGCCGCUCUUAAAUUACGCUUCGUUAACCUUCGGCUCGGCUAAUAAUAGCCUGCAACACCUAAUUUGCAUAGGACUCUCGAAGGCGCCUUGUCUCUCUACACAAUUUUCUUGCCAAAAGAAUAUGUCAUACUCCGAACGUAUUAUACUCGUAAAUAUUAGUUACUGCAAUGUUAUCAAACUUUCUUUUCUUUCAACGUCGGUGUUAUUGAGCUUAUAUCGCCGGCCAUUAUUGUAACUAGUCACUUAUCUUCGAUGUUUUCUCACUUUAUUUUGUGUAUAAGUAUGUGAUAAAUUCUUUUUGAUAAAAAGUUAUUUGCAUUUAGCGGUAUAUUUAUAUGGAGUAUUUAAAAGGAUAACUUCAGAAUUAAUAAAAAUGUUAAUGAAUUUUCAAAUGUAGGUAAGUUAAAUACAUUAUGCACAUAAAAGGAAGACGUUCGUUAAAUGCAAAUUAUACCAAAACUAUGUGUGUUAUUUUUUGAAUUUAUUAGUUUUGUCAAGAGGUUGUGGUUGGUUCACAGUCUUAAAAAGGAGCACAAUGUAUGGCACCUACAUUUAUAAAUUAAUCUAAUAUAUUAAGUAUGUUAUUGAUUUACUAAGUUCUUGUUAUUUUUGGAUAUGUAAAAUAUAUUUGACGUAGCUUGAUUAAAGUGAUGGUUAGCGGAUAUUUACGUUGGAUACUCUACGACUUCAUUAGGCGACAUGACGUUAUAAAAAUUUCAACUGAAUUUAAUUAAAUACUUAUACCUCGAUGCACAAACAUUAGAAACCGCUUAACCUUAUGUACGAAAUUCCACCAUUUGUAACUGUUUGCAGUAGUAGGUGACUUUACACCUCUUCGGUAUCAAAUAACCAAUUUACUGAGGAUAUUCAUAGUCAUUCGAGUAGCUCCCGUACGACGAGGAAGCAAGCCGCGUCGUAGCUGCGCUCGCGCUUAGUUUUAUGUGGCCGAAUUUCCAACAGCUAGCUUGUAUUUACUAUAAUAAUGUGCCUUUCAUUAGCUAUUAAGCGAGUACUUAUAUGUAUAUGGUAUAAUUAUUUUUAUUAAAACAGAUGUCAUAGAAUAACGUUUUAAUAGAUGAUAACGGCUUUAUUCCAUAUUUUGUCAUAAAUUCGCAUCAGUUUGUAUGUAAAUAGUAUUAUAGGUUAUUAUACAGCUUUACAAGACUGUUGUCCUUAUUUUAGAUAAACGUUACAUCACAAUGACGAGUUGACGUCCUUUUAAUAGUUUUAGCGUUGAAAGCUUUCCUUGAUUACAUUUACUACGUGAAGUUUUCAAGUUUCGGUGAGUGAUUAUUAUUGAUUGUUAAACAUAAGUAUGUGAAUGCAUAAUAAUGUUUUAUAAUGUAGAACAUACGGCUUGAGAUGUUUCUACCAAUAUUUUUAUACUAAACGUUGUACAGUAGAAACGUUUGUGAACAAUAUAAAGCCAAUUUGGUCAACCGCAUUAAAUAAAAUUGUAUCUACUUUCGUCACUUUUAUUCUUUGAAUUGUACCUACCUAUAUUCAUUAUUAAAAUAAAUGUGUUAUUAUUUC